CUCAUCUCUUGUAGUCAGCAGCAGGUGGUCCCAAGGAGGGCCCUGCGCCAUGUGCCACCAUGAAAGAUCCAGAGAGCGCACACCAACUACAAAUAGCCCUGGACUCGAGCUCCGUCACAACCAGUGAACUGAAUAACACCAUCAACUUAUUGCCCUCGAGCCGCUGUGGAGCAGUCCUUGAGCAGCAGUUACAGCAGUUUCUACAGGAGCGGGAACUGCUAAGAGCACAGGUGGCAGAGGUGACGGAGUGUCUUAAGAAAGCUCAGCUAGAAAGAGACGCAUACGCUCAACAGCUCAAAACAGAGAGGGCGCGGUGGCAGCAGCAAUUGCUGAAAAUGGCAGGAGAAAUUGAAAUAUUCAAAAUGGAGAAAAGGCAGGAUGCAAUUAAAAUCGAGGAGCUGAAGGGGAGCCUUGCCCACCUACAAAACCAUCUGGCUGAACCCCCAAUCCCAAAGCACCCAGCAGCGCACUCUGACUUGGAGAAAAUCCUAAAAACUGAAAUCAAGUACCUGAGAGAUGAGCUGCGGGAACAGCAGAGACUGCAGGAGGCGAAAAUGCGGCUCCGGGAGCAGGAGGUGCCAUUUCUGAACGCUGCUGGAGCCGGUGCCCAGGAGGAGCAGGCAUGGCUCUGUGAGCAGCUCCAGAAACAACAGGGGUGCUGCCAGCACCAGGCUCACCUGGUGGCCUCGGCCCUGAGGGAGCCAGAGGCAGCGGCCGCAGCCACAGGGACUAGGAGCAAUCGUGGGUGUAGGGAGACCCAGCGGGCCCUGCAGGGCGCCAUCGACAAGCUGCAGAAUGAGUUCAUGGCAGUCGUGAAGGAAAAUGCGGACCUGAAGGAGCGGGUGGAAAAACUAGAACUCAGACUCAUCCAGCUCUCUGGAGAGAGAGACAUGAUAAGAAAGUCCAUCAAACCAAAUGACCAUCAGACAGCAGUGGCCAAGACCCAGCACCAGAAGAAGAACGAUGUUAGCAUGCUGUCCGAGGCCGAGGAGGGGAUGAAGGUGAAGCUGCUGGAGCUGCAGGGCCCAGUGAUGCAGCUUAUGAUCGGCCACGAGGUCCAGCACCCUGCUAAUGAUUCCACUCCAGGGGCCCCAGCCCCCCAGGAGCUUGGUGCUGCUGACAAGGAUGAAUUUUAUGAGAUGAGCCCGGACGAUGACAGCGACAGCCUGGAGCCUGCAGGAGGGAGGGUACACCACACCCCACUGCACAGCAGAUUGCUCACGGCUGUGUGAGCUGCGGGAUGGCCAGCAACACCGACCCUUGGGCAGCAGUCCCUCUAUGCCAUGCUUUUACCCCGCUGCUGCGAAGGAGGAGGUAAACAUCACCAUCAGCUAAGAGCUGGCCAAGAAAUUUACAAAGGAACUAAGUUAUAGGAUUAGUCUUCUACAUGGUUAUUUUAUUUGAAUGUUAGAGCCACUCAUGAUGAUUUGUGUUUCUAAUUUAUAGUUUAUUUGUAAUAAGUUAAAGGGAGUGGGUCUUCGUGUGGCUUUCACUGAUGUUCACUCUGGCAUCCUUUAGCGUUUUUCAUUUUUAAUUUGAUAAUCGUAGGUCAUUAGCAUGCCUAUCGAGUUUGCCCUUAUGUGGUGGGAGUUCAAACACACAAAGACCCACUAUCGGCACAAAACCAUUCUCGCUAGUUUCAAAUAGGCUGCCAUGGUUUUUAACGUUAUUGCAGCAUGUGUAUUCAUUAUGGAAUUCAGAUACAAUUUGCUUAUGUUCUGCUAUGGUAGUUGAUGGAAUCCUGAUCACAGUGAGCUCUUAAUUAGCUCAAUAUGUGCUUUGCCCUCACGUGCACACUGUUUAUUAUUUGUAAGGUGCCAAUAUGUGUACAGACAUCUAGAGUUGUUGAAAAGCCGAGAACUGGAAACAGCCUUUCUUCCAUUUUCUGUGCAUUGCAAAUGGGAGUAAUAACAUUUUUGGGAGCUUUUAACAUCUCACAGAAGAAGAAAGUGGCCUGCUCUGGCAGGUAUGUGCAGAAUAGAGUAUUUCAUUAUUCCCAUGCCAAGAACGAGCGCUGUGCUGUGGCAGUUCUUUUAGGGUUUUUCUGUGCCCUGGGCUCAUGAAGAUGCUGCAUCAUGAACUGCGGCAGUUGUACUUUUUUGAUGACCUAAAAAGGGAUGAUUUCUGAGGAAUAAAAGGCUCCCAUCUUUGACAGUGGAUAUGGAAAACCUUUCCUAGCUUAUAGCAUUUAUAUCUACAAUACGUUGUAAAGUCAGAGUUCAUGUUGCCUGUUUUAAGCACAUGACUCCAAGUCUCAGUACACAAAAGGGCACUCGUUAGCAUUCUUCUUAAUGUAUUAGCAAAGAUCAUAAGAAAUCCUUUAAGAUAAAGUGUUAUAUAUAUAUAUAUAUAUAUAUAUGAAUGGAACUUUGUAUCAUAGAGUGGAUAGGCACUAAAUAUUGAUGACUGAACAGUUAAUGUUUCAGGACACUUUUUAUAGUGCCUUGCACACAGAAAGAGACCAUGGAUGAGAUUAUCCUUUUGUAUCAUUUCACAAUUUUACAAAUUGCUAUUUAUUACAGUUGACAUGGCAAGUUGCUGAUAAAAUGUCCGUUUUUAUAAAACAUCUCCAAAAAAAAAAAGAGAAAUUUUUUAAGAGUUUAAGUGUCCAGAAAAAAACAGAAAAUUAAAAAAAAAUUUUUUUUUUAAGUUUAAAUGUCCCUAGAACAGGCAUACAGGUUGUCGUCAAGAAUGAACUAGAGUGCAGGAAAGCCGUGUGACAGCUGGCAUCCCUUUGUGUUCAUAGAGCUUCUUUGAGGCUACAAGACUGAUUUGACCAUCCAGACUUCUCUGGCUAAUACCUAUUCUUCAACCACCUUGGUUACUCUGACAUAGGAAUUGCCUUCUUUUUCUUGAAUAGAAAGAACUUUAAACAAUAAUCACAAACAAAAAAUAAU